CUCUUGUUCUUUUCCUUCCUUCCUCCCCUUCCCCCUUACAGUCCAUGUAACUCUGGAUCCAGACACAGCUGAUCCUGACUUCCUUAAGAUCUCCGAAGAUAUAAAAAGCUUCAAAGGACUUAAGAGAUUUUUCCAUAAACGUCCUGUCCUUGGCUGUCAGAUGUUUUCAUCAGGGCGACAUUUCUGGGAUGUUAUUGUAGGCUGUACAAGAGGAUUCAGUGUAGGGGUUACCAGCAAGCCAGUGAACUUUAAAGAUGUUUAUGAGGAGACCCGGCAGUGGCGGAUUGUGGGAUGGGAAGGGAAAUACAUGGCCAGGUCUCCGUUAAAAAGUUUUGACCUGGUCCUCUCUGAGAGGCCCACGAGAAUUCGCAUCUCUCUCAACUGCGAAGGGGGACAAGUGAGCUUCUUUGAUGCCAGGACUGUAACUCUGCUCCGUACAUUCUCAGACGCUUCCUUGGUUGGAGAGACCCUCCUGCCCUAUUUCUACUUGGACAAGGGCCAUCUGCGUGACACUCCCCUAACAGGCUAG